AUGCCUCCUACCUUACCACGCCAAAGUCAAAUUGAAAACCAAGCCUUGCUGGACAAGUGGGCUCCAACACGUGGAGAGUACUUCACUACUAGAGAUUCGGAUCGCGCCUUGUGCGCCCGUUUGGAGAAUAAACGGUUUGUUCUACACCGGAGGUUGUCCGAACUUCGAAUAGCUAUUCGGUCCGAGGAUGAUGGAGAUGAAAAUCAAUGUAGACUGGUGGAUGAGGUUCUGUUCAACGCAGUUUGA